GAACGUUAUAAAACGUCCCACGUUUUUCAUUUAUAUCAUUACAAAAAGUGAUAAUAUCGAAAAGCUUUCUGUGUUAGAAUUGAUUAUAUGUAUACUACAGUAUUUUCUGGAGUAGUGAGUCACCGUACCGUAUGAUAAACUAGGAGAAAAUGGAUCACGCAGGAAUUACGAAUUUAAAAAAAAAUAAGUUUUCUUACCUAUGGACUAUAAAUAAUGUUACUGCUUUCUUACAACCAAAACUAGCUUUUGAUGAGGGGUUAGUAUCUCCCACAUUUACCAAAGGGAAUAAUAAUAAUUUAGCAUGGUCUCUUAAAAUAACUAAAUAUAUGGAAAUUCAGCGAAGGUUCGAGGAUAAUCAACAAAAGUUCGACUGUCUGACGUUUGCUAUAAAACUAGUAUCAAGUUAUAAAACUAAAACACCAGCGGUAUAUAAACUUUCAUUUGUAAAUGAUAAAGAAGAAUUAAUAACAAAAGUAGAAAAUGGAUAUGAAUUUGGCAUAGGAUUUGAAGCAAAUAUCUAUUCUACCAAUGUGAGUGCAAUUUUAAAUAAGCAGAAUGGAUUAAUUUCUGAUGAUAAAUUCAAAAUAUUUUGUCAAAUAAGUGUAAUAGAAAUAGUUACGGGUGAUACUAUAGAAAGUAUCAUAAAAGUGCCAAAAUGUCGAAUAAUUGAUGAUCUUGAAAUUCUAUUUGAAACAAAAAAGUUUUGUGAUGCCACUUUAUCCGUUGCUGAUGGCAAGGAGUUUCAAGUACAUAAAACCAUUCUGGCAGCUCGGAGUCCUAUAUUCGCCGCAAUGUUCGAUCAUGAAAUGGAAGAACGCAAGCUAAAUCGUGUAAAUAUAACCGAUAUUGAAUAUGACAUAUUACAUGAACUAUUGAAAUUUAUAUAUACGGGAAAAGUAGAUAAUUUACAAACGAUGGCUUCGGAACUUUUAGCGGCAGCUGAUAAAUAUGCUCUAGAAAGAUUGAAGAUAUUAUGUGAGAAAGAAUUAUGUAGAAAUUUGUCAAUAGAGAAUGCAGCGGAAACUUUAAUAUUUGCGGAUCUUCACGGAGCUAAUCAGUUAAAAGCUCAGGCUAUUAAUUUUAUUAACAACAAUCCAAAGGUAGCGGCUACUGUGGGAUGGAAAAAACUGAAAGAGACAUACUCGCAUUUAAUUACGGAUGUAUACGAAGAACUUUUAACUUUAAGAAUCCUGUGAACUUUUUGUCACAUAAUUAU